AUGUCGGAAGUGGACCUAGCAUUGCUGCUUGGCGGGCUCUGCCUCGCCCAAGCUGCAAGCGGGGCCUGGGGAGAAGCGCUGGCGUUCUGCUGCAAGCGCUCGGCCGACAUUGCAGACGAGAUCUUGAAGGACUGGCUACUUCGUGGUUGGCUGGAGGAAGCUAACACCUUCAUGACCGGCGACGUCAUUCAAUUCACUGGGGCCAAUCAAGCUCAGCUGACGGGACUUGUCAUGGGCCCAUCCGCAGAGUUUGGAUCCUGGCAGGUCCGGGUCAAAGGUGACGCUUCGGAGGCAGCAGCAGCUCUGGGCCCCGGUGAGGCGGUGCUGCCGAUUCCUGAAGCUGCUGAGACAGAAGGUGAGGUCCUGGUCGUGAAGGAGAGUGAUGCCACCUUGCUUACAUUGCGGUCCGGCCCUUGGACCUGA